AUGCGGUACUCUGUGCUGGGUCGGGUGGCUGUUGCCAUGGCUGGGCUGUCUGGUACAGCUGCCGCUAUGGGAAUGGGUGCUAUUCGACGGGAAUUAAGGAUGGCUGCGGAGAUGGGGAUUAAUCCUGAUCUCAUGCUGAAGCAGCAGAAGUCUGCGCAUGCGCUAGCACAGGAUGCUGACUCGGAUAGUGUGCUUGCUAAGACUGUUUCGCUUCCAAUUGACCACGGUGAUCCCUCUGUCGGAAGCUAUGAGAAUCGCUACUGGGUCAAUGAUCGAUACUACCAGCAGGGAGGGCCUGUGAUCGUGUAUGAUGUCGGCGAGGCGACCGCAGAAGCCUCAGCGAAGCAGCACUUGGGCAAUUCGACUUCAUUCCUCAUGGAGAUGCUGGAUGACUUUGGGGCAAUUGGUAUUGUAUGGGAGCAUCGAUACUACGGACAAUCAUUGCCCUUCAACGUCAGCGAGGACACCCCGCCCGAAGACUUCAAAUACCUCACGAACAAGCAAGCCUUGGCCGACAUCCCAUUCUUCGCGAAGAAUUUCACACUCGACGGACACGACGAGGAUCUGACCCCGGCUGCUAAGCCGUGGGUCAUGGUGGGAGGCUCAUAUUCCGGCAUGCGAUCUGCUUUCACUCGCGACGCCUAUCCCGAUACCAUCUUCGCCUCGUAUGCAUCUUCAGCUCCCGUCGAAGCUCGGGUGAACAUGAGCAUGUACUUUGACCAAGUCUAUGCCGGAAUGGUGGCCAACGGAUACUCGAACUGCACCAAGGACAUCAAAGCGGGACUCGAGUACAUCGACGAUGAACUCUCCAAGAACGCCUCUGCAGCUGCCGCAAUCAAGAAGCUCUUCUUCGGCAGCGGCGCAGAGAAGAACAACAACGGCGACUUCACCGCAGCUCUGGCCGGCAUCUAUGGCUAUUUCCAGGCUUACGGCCUCGGUGGCGGCGACGCUGGCCUGGGCGCAUUCUGUGAGUAUCUCGAGACAGACGCAGCAACCCUCCAACCAGCCGGGCCUCGUGGAUUCGCACCCUACCGGGGCAAGAAGUACGUCGCCGAGCGAUUCGCCUCGUGGCCCACGUUCGUGGACCUGAUCAACUUCAACUAUGACACUAACUGCCGACAAACUGACACCACGAAGCCGUUGGAGUGCACACUGAAUCCGAAAUCCACAGACCCGGACACGAUCAGCUGGACCUGGCAAUUCUGCACGGAAUGGGGAUAUUACCAAAGCAACAACUUCGGCCCACACUCACUACUCUCCAAAUUCCAAACCCUCGAAUACCAACAAUACACCUGUAACCGACAAUUCCCCGACGCCGUGAAAAGCGGUCUCCUGCCCAAAACCCCGCAAGUCGACGCGACAAACAAGGAAACCGGUGGCUGGACCAUUCGCCCCUCCAACGUGUACUGGAGUGGUGGCCAGUUCGAUCCCUGGCGCACGCUGUCGCCGCUAGCCACCGAGGAUAUCGCGCCGCAGGGUGUGACGUUCACGACGGAGAUCCCCAAGUGUGGCGUGGAGACGGGGGAGGAUAAACUGUUUGGGUACAUUAUGGAGAAUGCGGAGCACUGUUUUGAUUUGAUUACCGGGUUCGGUCCGGGGAAGAUCUCGCGGGGGUACUUUCACGAGGCGUUGAAAUCAUGGUUGCCCUGUUUUAAGGGUGCUGCUCUGUGA